GUGUCCUUGUGCGUGUGCGCCUGUGUGCGCGUCCGCAGCUGAUCGCAGUUAGGAGGAGUCUGCGUCGGUGGGAGGCGGCGCGUGGACGCGCGCUGCGCGCUCACCAGCUCCUCGGCGCUCCGUGCGCUAGAGUCCGUCCAGUGCUCGGACUGCGGGGACCCGCUGCGGUCAGUCGGCGCCCGACGCUCUCGUUGUGCGGACGCAGGAGCUCCGGCGCGGGGAGGAGAGACUUUUACGCACGGAUGCGCUUCGUUGACGGGAUGGAACGCGUCGAACGGAGUCGGAUACUGUGAGAAGUUGCGUUUUGUUCACAACACUGGGGAUGGAGACGCGGAUGGAAAGACAGCGUCCCGUCAGUGUGGCGCUGGCGUGAGGAUGACACCUGCGUCCUACCUGGCGCGGACCCACGCGUUCUUACGCACUCGCGUCUGUGAGCACUAGGACGGGAUUCUGCUGAUUCUGGAGAGACGCUGCGGCGGAAAACGCGAGCCGAGCUCCAACUCGAGCGUCUCGUGCGCAAAGCCGCUGCCUCUCACCCUGACAUGUCUGCACCGCGCGUCUCCGUCCACGGCUCCUGGAUUUGACCGAGUCCGAGUUCCCUCCCUUCGGCGCCGCCCCGCUCCCCGGACCCGCCCGCCAUGGGCACCGUGCUGUCGCUGUCACCCGGCGCCCGCAAACCCGGCUACUAUGAGCAGCGGCCCGGCUCGCUCAGCCGCUACCCGAGCCUCAGCAGCCGCUCGCUCAACAGCCAGAAGGAGCGCGGGCUGAAGCGCGGCCAGUCCAUCUUCCUCCCGGCGCUCACGUGGAAGCGGCUGGUGGCCUCCACCAAGAAGAAGGGCGCGUCCAAGAAGGGCUCCGCGGGCCCGGCGGGCCCGGCGGGCCUUGGCGACCCGCUCAACAACAACAGCAUCAACAUCUACCAAAAGGAUGCCGUGCUGCACCUCAACCGCGAGAACGUGAAGAAGUCGCUGUCAUGUGCCAACCUGUGCAGCUACGAGGGCCCGGCGGGACCGGGACCGGGACCGGGACCGGGACCGGGCCUGGGGCUCGGGUACGGCACGGGCAUGGGUCAGGGCCACGGCUACGCCUACAGCAAGUCCCAGCAGCUGUCGUCGGUGAAGAAGGCUCCCCAGGGCCCGGCGGUGGUGGCGGCGUCGCCCAGGCGCGUGAUCGUGCAGGCGUCCACCAGCGAGCUGCUGCGCUGCCUGGGCGAGUUCCUGUGCCGCCGCUGCUUCCGGCUCAAGCACCUGUCGCCCGCCGACCCGGUGCUGUGGCUGCGCGCCGUGGACCGCUCGCUGCUGCUGCAGGGCUGGCAGGACCAGGCCUUCGUCACGCCGGCCAACGUGGUCUUCGUGUACAUGCUGUGCCGCGACGUGGUGGCGGGCGAGGCGGUGGCGUCGGAGCACGAGCUGCAGGCCACGCUGCUCACCUGCCUCUACCUGUCCUACUCCUACAUGGGCAACGAGAUCUCCUACCCGCUCAAGCCCUUCCUGGUGGAGGCGGCCAAGGAGGCCUUCUGGGACCGCUGCCUCGCCAUCAUCGACGCCACCAGCUCCAAGAUGCUGCGCAUCAACGCCGACCCGCACUUUUUCACCCAAGUGUUCGCGGAGCUGAAGAGCGAGGGCGGCUGCGGCCCCCAGGACUACAGCCGGGUGCUGGACCGGUGAGAGGGGGCGCCGUCUCUGCGGACUGCACGUCCGUCCACCGUCUCUGCAGAGGCAGCACGUUUAUUUGUUCACUGUCCGUCUCCUCCAACCACAGACAAACGCAGCUGAUCGGCACAGAUACAUCUCGUCUUUAGCUGAGUCUGCAUAAAUGAAUGUCAGCGUGUGCGAGACACGAUGCACCAUCAUUACCCACGAUGCACCAGGGCGCACGCGUGGACUCACGCGAAGCCCCGAGUGCCAGCAGAGCAAAGUGACUCAGACUCAGACUGACGGAGAGUCCACGUCGGGUCCAAACGGACCUGAACCAAACAGACAGGCAGCGUUCGGUGGAGCCUCUUUACAGUCGUGUGCUGUUUGACCCGGAGGAGAGAGGAGCAGGACCAGUCCUGUGUGUGUGUGUGUGUGUGUGUGUGUGUGUGUGUGUGUGUGUGUGUGUGGAUGCCAGCCAGGCCCAUCAGCUGUUCAGCCCGGCCUUUGUUCCUGCCUCUUGUUGAUGGAGCACCCACGGCCGUGGUUUUAAUGAGAUUAACCGAUUACCCCCCCCUCGUUUCAGUGGGUAAUCCAGGUCAGGCUGGACCGGCUGGACUUUAACUCACCCACAUGUGCACAAAUGCAUAUUUAAGUACCUUCCUGCGUGCGCGUCUUCUUGCUGCUCAGGCAAAGCCCACGUGUGCGGCCCUGAGUCGCGGCGUGCGGAUCGCUGUCAGAGCGCUGUGGUUUGACGGCCUCGCUGUCGUUUCUUGGAAUUUGUCCCACUCUGCAGUUCCCUGAAGCGCUCUGUCUUGUUUCAUGCACACUCUGUGCACGUGAAACAUUUUAUCCUGAAAAAUGUGAGCUUUUAUUUUGAAAGCAGACUAGAUUAAAUGGGAGUUUCCUGGUGCUCAGACAACGAUUAGAAUGAAAAGGUGGAACAAACCUAACAUUAGCGAGUGAUUCUGUAGCAUCCUUUAGCGCUCACGCUAAGCGGCGCCGGUCCGGCUCCACCGUCACUCAGUGUGAGGCCUGAUCUCCUCUCGUUCAGAGCCACUGCUGUGAUGUCUGCUGUGCGCUCAGAUCCAAGGUCAUCCAGUGGACAGACGUUUUAGAGGCGCUGACCUUUACGCCCAUUUGCAAACAAACACUACACAUACUCUUCAUGAGUAAUCCGGCCCUAAUCCUUCCGCCCAAUCAAAUAGAGCCAGAUGAAAACACGCAGAAAUAAGUCAGUGGUUCAGCAUCUGAUGAGAUUUGUCGUCCGCCUCCCGUGCGGUUCUGGUCCGAACGGCUCAACCGUUAAAUCCCGCUUAAACGGACCGGCCCACGGGCCCCGCGGGUCUGAGGAGCUUCCUCCAUCCAGCCCAGAUGAGUGAUGGCACCACAGCUCCCUCCCCCUCCUCCCUUCCUCCAUGCUCCUGUCUCUGACAAGGACACUUGUGUCUUAACCACCACCCCCCUCCCCCUCCAAACUCCCCCCUCCCUUCCACACACUCAGCUGUUGUUCUGUGUGUGUCAUUAGAUUUGACACCCCACACCCGCCAGCCAUUGUCAGGACCAGGAGGCCGAACGGGACUAUUUGCUGGCGUGCUGUUGGUUUCUGUGUGACUGUGGGUCAAAGUUUGAGGCAGGACUGGACUGGUCCAACUGAGCAUUCAUUCAUUCAUUCAUUCAUUCAUUCAUUCAUUCAUUCAUUCAUGCACCUCGGCACCGGGCUCAUUCUAACUGGACUAGUUCUUGUUCAGUCACACACACGAUGCCUGCGGAUCAUUUAAGACUCGGUCUAGCAGGAACCGACUAAUUACAAAUAUUUAAACGGGACCUUUGGUGCAAAGGACUGUGUUCUGUGAAUAGGACGACGUCUGGGACUGGUCUGAAAAAUGUGACUGAAGAUUUUAAGGGGGUGUUUGAUGUGAUCGGUAUUUUUGGUAUUGUCAACAAAUCUCUCCGUGUUUUAGUAUCUCAGACCUUCUGGUUGUUUUUCACUAAUUAUGAUGAAGCGCUUUCCUGGAAACGGCGCUGUAGCUCCCAGCGAACGCACGUCACAGGCGUGAACACGCGUGCGGCCGUGGGAGCGAGUGGAAGCGCUGGCACGUGGAGCCGUGAGAAUGUUGGCGCUCCUCGCCUGGACUCACGGAACCACUGGACUCCCCCCUGAAGCUGCCACGGCUCCGUGAGCUGUGGCCUCCGUCUGCUGCUGCUGUGGGUCUGUGAUGCUGUGAAUACGCGGGACAGAGGGACAGGAAGCGUCAGUCCUGCUGUGUAGUAGCAUGGUAGUUAGAGCCGUUCCUUUGCUGUUUUAUUACCUCUGGUUCUUAUGUGACCUUUUAAAUGGACGUCUGUUUCUUUGCUAAAAAGUGGAUCUCACUGGAGCGAACACGUCAGCAGUAUUAGAAGUCAUUAUGGGAUGGCGUGCACAUCCGCCUGUCACUGUCUGACACAGAGGUCGCUGUGUGGCCCGCGUCGCCACCGUAGCUUCGCCAAACGCUGUUUCACCCCAGCGUCCUCCUCCGGCGUUGCCAUGGUUACCCCUCUCCGCUCCGCCGUCGUCACCGGUCACAUCACCUCAGUGACUUUGGCACAGACGAGUGUGUGUAGCUCUAGAGGUGAAAUACUGUUGAUGGGGAAAACUUGAAGAAAAACAAAUGUGACUAUUUCAAAUUUUCAUGUCUUUUGUUUCCUGUUUCAUGAUGAUGUUUACUAUGUUGAUAAUUUAAUAAAGUACUGCGAUGGAAUACAAA